ACUGUCAUGUUGGCUCAAAGGCCAGUUACAUUAAAAUUGUAAUUAAAAAAAAGAAAGCGGUAUAGGUGCAAUUUAUUUAUAUAUUCCCGAUGCCACGUGUGAAAUAGAAAAUUUUGUUUUGUACUUAACCGGAAGUACUUUUAGUGAGACUCGGAAGUUCUUAGUUUUUAAUCCAACGCAAUUUUGUGUAGAGAAGGACAUCUGUCAGCCAAAAUGAUUGGCAAACUUAUUGGACCUAAGAAUAUGGCCAUCGCCAAGACAUGGGUUCCUACCAUGGCCACUUGGGGUGCAGCUGGUACAGUGGCUUUGGUCUACUUCACCGACUGGAAAAUGGUUUUGAGAUUCGUUCCCUACAUCAACGGCAAAUUUAAAAACGAUGAGUAGUGGUGGUCAGGUUUGUGCUGUGAUUUUCGUUUUCCUUGUGUUUUAAUACAAAGACCCACAUGAUGAACAUGAACUGUGGAAGCUUGUUCCUCAAAUUGUGGUCCCGCUUCAUAGAAGACCUCUGAAGAUCAUCAUCUCCAGACCGCAGCUCCAAGAAACACUGAUCUCUGGUCAUCAUCAACAUCUGCUGAAAUGCAUUCUGGUCAUUUUCUUCUACCAGUAACAACAUAAUAGAAGAAAAUAAAGGACAAAUGUGAUUUUGACUUCUUUUCUUGGUUAGUUUGAGGACUUUUUUCCCAUAAUUUUUGUUUUGUGGGUCAUUUGAUUCCUGAUUAUACUAUGGAGAGAAGAAGUAAAGUAUGCUAUACAUGU